CUCAGUGCCACUGCCAUGAUGGACAUGAGUGAACUUGGGGAGGCAGCCCGCUACCUCCGCCACAACUACCAGGAGAUGAUGAAGGUGCACACUGUUGCAGGGGAUGGAAAGAAGCGGGUCUGGGUGCCAGAUGAACAGGAUGCCUAUGUGGAGGCCGAGGUCAAGUCUGAGAUUACUGGGGGCAAAGUGACCGUGGAGACCAAAGACCUGAAGGUGCUGAUGGUGCGUGAAGCCGAGAUUCAGCCCAUGAACCCACCCCGCUUCGACCUGCUCGAAGACCUGGCCAUGAUGACGCACCUCAAUGAGGCAUCAGUGCUGCACAACCUGCGCCAGCGCUACGCACGCUGGAUGAUCUACACGUAUUCGGGUCUUUUCUGUGUCACCAUCAACCCCUACAAAUGGCUCCCGGUCUACACGGCCCCAGUGGUUGCUGCUUACAAGGGCAAGCGCCGCUCGGAGGCCCCCCCCCACAUAUAUGCUGUGGCAGAUAACGCCUACAACGACAUGCUGCGCAACCGAGAGAACCAGUCCAUGCUGAUCACCGGAGAGUCGGGGGCCGGUAAGACGGUUAACACCAAGCGGGUCAUUCAGUACUUUGCCAUCGUCGCUGCCCUGGGAGAUGGGCCGGGCAAGAAGGCCCAAUUUCUGGCAACAAAGACUGGGGGCACCCUAGAGGAUCAAAUCAUCGAGGCUAACCCCGCCAUGGAGGCUUUUGGUAAUGCCAAGACCCUUCGGAAUGACAACUCCUCCCGCUUUGGCAAGUUCAUCCGCAUUCACUUUGGUCCCUCUGGGAAGUUGGCAUCUGCUGAUAUUGACAGCUAUCUCCUGGAGAAGUCACGGGUGAUCUUCCAGCUGCCUGGUGAGCGUGGCUACCAUGUCUACUACCAGAUCCUCUCGGGGAAGAAGCCAGAGCUGCAGGACAUGCUGCUUCUGUCUAUGAACCCCUACGACUACCACUUCUGCAGCCAGGGCGUCAUCACGGUGGAUAACAUGGAUGAUGGGCAGGAGCUUAUUGCCACUGAUCAUGCCAUGGACAUCCUGGGCUUCAGCACGGAUGAGAAGUGUGCCUGCUAUAAGAUUGUGGGUGCCCUCCUGCACUUCGGCAACAUGAAGUUCAAGCAGAAGCAACGGGAGGAGCAGGCUGAGGCUGACGGCACUGAGAGUGCUGAUAAGGCUGCCUACCUGAUGGGCGUCAGCAGUGGGGACCUCCUCAAAGGCCUUCUGCAUCCCCGGGUUCGAGUGGGGAAUGAAUAUGUCACCAAGGGCCAGAGUGUGGAGCAGGUGGUGUUUGCUGUGGGGGCCCUGGCCAAGGCCACCUAUGACCGGCUGUUCCGGUGGCUGGUGUCAAGGAUCAACCAGACGCUGGACACAAAGCUGCCCCGGCAGUUCUUCAUCGGGGUCCUGGACAUUGCUGGUUUCGAGAUCUUUGAGUUUAACAGCUUUGAACAGCUGUGUAUCAACUUCACCAACGAGAAGCUGCAGCAGUUCUUCAACCAGCACAUGUUCGUGCUGGAGCAGGAGGAGUACAAGCGGGAGGGCAUCGACUGGGUCUUCAUCGACUUCGGCCUCGACCUGCAGCCCUGCAUCGACCUCAUCGAGAAGCCACUGGGCAUCCUUUCCAUCCUGGAGGAGGAAUGCAUGUUCCCCAAGGCCUCAGACGCAAGCUUCCGGGCCAAGCUGUAUGACAACCAUGCCGGGAAGUCACCCAAUUUCCAGCAGCCACGGCCUGACAAGAAGCGCAAGUACCAGGCUCACUUCGAGGUGGUCCAUUACGCGGGUGUGGUGCCAUAUAGCAUCGUGGGCUGGCUGGAGAAAAACAAGGAUCCAUUGAAUGAGACAGUCGUCCCCAUCUUUCAAAAGUCACAGAACAGGCUCUUGGCUACACUCUAUGAGAACUAUGCAGGCUCCUACUCCACCGAGCCCCCUAAGUCUGGGGUGAAAGAGAAGCGUAAGAAGGCAGCAUCAUUCCAGACGGUGUCCCAGCUGCACAAGGAGAACCUAAACAAGCUGAUGACCAACUUGCGGGCCACACAACCCCACUUCGUCCGUUGCAUAGUCCCCAAUGAGAACAAGACCCCAGGGGUCAUGGAUGCCUUCUUGGUGCUACACCAGCUACGCUGCAAUGGGGUCCUGGAGGGGAUCCGCAUAUGCCGUCAAGGAUUCCCAAACCGGCUGCUCUACACGGACUUCAGGCAGCGGUACCGCAUCCUGAACCCCAGCGCCAUCCCCGAUGACACCUUCAUGGACAGCAGGAAGGCCACAGAGAAGCUGCUGGGCUCGUUGGACAUUGACCACAGCCAGUACCAGUUUGGCCACACCAAGGUGUUCUUCAAGGCUGGGCUGCUAGGGAUCCUGGAGGAGCUUCGCGACCAGCGCCUGGCUAAAGUCCUCACGCUGCUGCAGGCGCGGGGCCGGGGCUUGCUCAUGCGCCUGGAGUACCAGCGCCUGCUUGGAGGCAGGGAUGCCCUGUUCACCAUCCAGUGGAACAUCCGCGCCUUCAAUGCUGUCAAGAACUGGUCGUGGAUGAAGCUCUUUUUCAAGAUGAAGCCACUGCUGCGCUCGGCGCAGGUAGAGGAGGAGCUGGCAGCCCUCAGGGCAGAGCUGCGAGGACUGCGAGGGGCGCUGGCUGCUGCUGAGGCCAAGCGCCAGGAGCUGGAGGAGACACAUGUCAGUGUCACCCAGGAAAAGAAUGACCUGGCCCUGCAGCUACAGGCAGAGCAAGACAACCUGGCAGAUGCCGAGGAGCGUUGCCACUUGCUGAUCAAGUCCAAGGUGCAGCUGGAGGCAAAGGUGAAAGAAAUGAACGAGCGGCUGGAGGACGAGGAGGAGGUGAAUGCCGACCUGGCCGCCCGCCGGCGCAAGCUGGAGGAUGAGUGCACAGAGCUCAAGAAGGACAUUGAUGACCUGGAGCUGACUCUGGCCAAGGCCGAGAAGGAGAAGCAGGCCACUGAGAACAAGGUGAAGAACCUGACAGAGGAGAUGGCCACGCUGGAUGAGUCGGUAGCCCGGCUGACCAAAGAGAAGAAGGCCUUGCAGGAGGCUCACCAGCAGGCCCUGGGCGACCUGCAGGCCGAGGAGGACCGUGUGAGCGCGCUGGCGAAGGCCAAGCUCAGGCUGGAGCAGCAAGUGGAAGACCUGGAGUGCUCCCUGGAGCAGGAGAAGAAGCUGCGCAUGGACGCUGAGCGGGCCAAGCGCAAGCUUGAGGGUGACCUGAAGCUGACACAGGAGGCGGUGACAGACACGGCCCAGGACAAGCAGCAGCUGGAGGAGAAGCUCAAGAAGAAGGACUCUGAAUUGAGUCAGCUGAACCUGCGGGUGGAGGACGAGCAGCUCCUUGGGGCCCAGCUGCAGAAGAAGAUCAAGGAGCUGCAGGUGUGUGUGGGGCCCAGGGUGGGACAGAGACCAGGGGCAGAGGCCCACAGACAGGACAGUUGCCUGCUCAUUCGCCCGUCACAGGCUCGGGCAGAGGAGCUGGAAGAGGAGUUGGAGGCGGAGCGGGCUGCCCGGGCCCGUGUGGAGAAGCAGCGAGCAGAAGCAGCCCGGGAGCUGGAAGAGCUGAGUGAGCGGCUGGAGGAGGCUGGCGGCGCAUCUGCAGGGCAGCGUGAGGGCUGCCGCAAGCGCGAGGCAGAGCUGGGGCGGCUGCGGAGGGAACUGGAGGAGGCCGCGCUGCGGCACGAGGCCACUGUGGCCGCCCUGCGGCGCAAGCAGGCAGAGAGUGCCGCGGAGCUGGGUGAGCAGGUGGACAGUCUGCAGCGUGUGCGGCAGAAGCUGGAAAAGGAAAAGAGUGAGCUCCGCAUGGAGGUGGAUGAUCUGGGUGCCAACGUGGAGACUCUGGCCCGUGGCAAGGCCAGUGCAGAGAAGCUGUGCCGGACUUACGAGGAUCAGCUAAGUGAGGCCAAGAUCAAGGUGGAAGAGCUGCAGCGGCAGCUGGUGGACGCGAGCACCCAGCGCGGGCGGCUGCAGACAGAGAAUGGGGAGCUGAGCCGCCUGCUCGAGGAGAAGGAAUCUCUGAUUAGCCAGCUGAGCCGUGGGAAGACCUCUGCCACCCAGAGCCUAGAGGAGCUACGGAGGCAGCUGGAGGAGGAGAGCAAGGCCAAGAGUGCCCUGGCCCACGCCGUGCAGGCUCUGCGGCAUGACUGUGAGCUGCUGAGGGAGCAGCAUGAGGAGGAGGCCGAGGCCCAGGCCGAGCUGCAGCGGCUGCUGUCCAAGGCCAAUGCCGAGGUGGCCCAGUGGAGGAGCAAGUAUGAGGCUGACGCCAUCCAGAGGACCGAGGAGCUGGAGGAGGCCAAAAAGAAGCUGGCCCUGCGGCUGCAGGAAGCAGAGGAGGGCGUAGAGGCUGCGCACGCCAAAUGCUCGUCGCUGGAGAAGGCCAAGCUGCGGCUGCAGACGGAGUCGGAGGAUGUGACCCUGGAGCUAGAGCGGGCGACCUCAGCAGCAGCUGCACUGGACAAGAAGCAGCGGCACUUGGAGCGGGCCCUUGAGGAGCGGCGGCGGCAGGAGGAGGAGACACAGCGGGAGCUGGAGGCAGCCCAGAGGGAGGCCCGCAGCUUGGGCACGGAGCUCUUCCGGCUGCGGCACAGCCACGAGGAGGCUCUCGAGGCCCUGGAGACGCUCAAGCGGGAGAACAAGAACCUGCAGGAGGAGAUCAGUGAUCUCACAGACCAGGUCAGCCUCAGUGGGAAGAGCAUUCAGGAGCUGGAGAAAACCAAGAAGGCACUGGAAGGGGAGAAGGGCGAGCUCCAGGCUGCACUGGAGGAGGCUGAGGGGGCCCUGGAGCUGGAGGAGACCAAGACUCUCCGGAUCCAACUGGAGCUAUCCCAGGUCAAGGCUGAAGUGGACCGGAAGUUGGCAGAGAAAGAUGAGGAGUGCACUAACCUCAGGCGCAACCACCAGCGGGCGGUGGAGUCCCUGCAGGCCUCCCUGGAUGCAGAGACGCGGGCCCGCAAUGAAGCCCUGCGGCUCAAAAAGAAGAUGGAGGGUGAUCUCAAUGAUCUGGAGCUGCAGCUGGGCCAUGCCACCCGGCAGGCCAUGGAGGCACAGGCAGCCACGCGGCUGCUGCAGGCCCAGCUCAAGGAGGAGCAGGCAGGGAGGGACGAGGAGCAACGGCUGGUGGCCGAGCUCCGGGAGCAGGCACAGGCCCUGGAGCGCCGGGCUGCGCUGCUGGUGGCAGAGCUGGAGGAGCUGCGGGCUGCCCUGGAGCAGGGGGAGCGCAGCCGGCGGCUGGCAGAACAGGAGCUGUUGGAGGCCACUGAGCGCCUCAACCUUCUGCAUUCGCAGAACACAGGCCUCCUGAACCAGAAAAAGAAGCUAGAAGUGGAUUUGGCCCAGCUGAGUGGGGAGGUGGAGGAGGCUGCCCAGGAGAGGCGGGAGGCCGAGGAGAAGGCCAAAAAGGCCAUCACCGAUGCAGCCAUGAUGGCCGAGGAGCUGAAGAAGGAGCAGGACACGAGUGCACACCUGGAGCGCAUGAAGAAGACCCUGGAGCAGACAGCUCGGGAGCUGCAGGCUCGGCUUGAGGAAGCAGAACAAGCUGCCCUCCGUGGUGGGAAGAAACAGGUGCAGAAGCUGGAGGCCAAGGUGCGGGAGCUGGAGGCCGAGCUGGACGCAGAGCAGAAGAAGCACGCAGAGGCCCUCAAGGGGGUGCGGAAACAUGAGCGCCGGGUGAAGGAGCUCGCAUACCAGGGUGAAGAGGACAGGAAAAACCUGGCUCGCAUGCAGGACCUGGUGGACAAGCUGCAGAGCAAGGUCAAGAGCUACAAGCGACAGUUUGAGGAGGCGGAACAGCAGGCCAACACUAACCUGGCCAAGUAUCGCAAGGCCCAGCACGAGUUGGAUGAUGCAGAGGAGCGGGCAGACAUGGCAGAAACCCAGGCCAACAAGCUGCGGGCACGGACCCGGGAUGCCCUGGGCCCCAAGCACAAGGAGUGAUGGCCGAGCCCCAGCUCCUGCGUGCUGAAGAGGGACAUCUGCUGUUGUGUCGUCUUCAUCCCCCUCUGCUGACCCUCAGCCCCCUCAAGUCCUGGCAUACCCAGAAUAAAGGCCACUCCUGCAGCUCCAGUUGGCUUCCUUCUUAUUCUUUUGGGUUCAGGAGAAAGGCACACUGGUCCCAUGGACAAAAAGUCAG